CACAUCUAAUCUGAAGACCCUUUUAUUACUUUUAGUUACCCAGAACUCCCUUUUGAGAGAUUUGAUAAUCGACACAUUAAAAGUACGAGUUGCUGAAAACCUGGCGCCAUCUUCAAAUAUUAUUAGAAGGAAAGCAUGGACGGAACUAUUGGUGAUGUUUAUAACAAAGAGGUGCAACGAUGGAGGACGGGAGCAGCUAUGACGUGGGCUGUCAUCACAGUUCCCAUUAUAUUUGGCGUGUAUGUGACGCUAGCUAAUGUGGAUAUUUUUCAUCUCUCUCAGUGGAUUUCAGACAGUCUAUCCAUGAUGUUCUCUGUAUAUUAUGUCCUGGUCUGUUUUGUGGUUGCUAUGGUAACAGAACUCUGGUGCUGUCUUUCUCUUCCUACAUUCACUGUUGAGCCUGAGGUCCACCAUAACCCUAUACAUCUGGCUCUUUACGUUUGUUCCCCUCGGCGACUGGGGUUUGGCCUGGUCUGUUUCCUCCUCAGUGGGGCAACCUCAAUCAUUUGUACAGGGGUUCUGAUGGGCCGCUAUCAGGAUUUGAUGACAUGCACCAAUAGAGAUUUCUGUGUCCUGAAUGAACACCAUUUGUUUCUGGUCACCUACGGCUGUUACGCAGGGGUCGUUUUCUACCUGUUUCACUUCCUUAAACAGAACAACUACCUGCAAUUUAGUUCUCUCCAGCAAUCCAAGUAUUUUCAAGUGCGGAGUGGGAUUUUGUCAGUCUUGCAGACGUCAUUUCACAGUGUCCUCUGGCAGACGGUUUACUUCUAUCCAUUGUACUGGCUGUUUGGACACAUUCCCACAGAUUGGAUAGUUCACAGUUUAGGAUUGAGAAGGUCUGAAUUACCAGUUGAUUCUUUAUAUGGACUACUAGAUGUAGGUCUGCUCUGGCAAUGUUUACUGUUUGGAUGGCUAAUACAUGUGUCCUGGACCUUAAGCUCGCUGUUAAUCAAGGUUUAUAUUACUGAGCGUUUUUGUUUCCCUGUCGAGAGUCUACUGGAUGACAGGAAGAACCAGUGUCUCAUCGAUGCCCUGCAGUGUGAUCAAAAUACAAUGGUCAAGUUUCUAGGAUUCUUAGACCUCUGCCUGUUGUCCAAACACUCACCCCAGAGACGACAAACCGUCUUCAGUCUCAGCCAGCCUGGAGGACAUCCUCACAACUGGACAAAGCUGUCCACAGCCUGUCUGGCGGUCAUUACGUCCCUCAGUGAGAGGAUCCAGGAUGCUAACUGGCAGGUGUUCUCCGAAGCCUCUGUCCGACCGGCACCUGAUGACAUCAGAAAACCCCCAGGGAACCACCAUGGAUCAGUGUUGACUUACAGAGGUGACAAUGUUACCAAGGAAACAGCACCUCCACAGCCAACCAAAGAUGUCUGGUCUUUCUGGAGAUCUAAGCCAGUAAUUAGUUACCUUCUGACAGAGUUCCCAGAUGCCAAAAGUAGAAAGUUAUUUACCUCGGCACAGGUUGACAUUUGGGCUGUAGAAGCCCUGUGUAAUCUUGUGGCAGCGUCCUUCGUAGAAGACAAAUAUGGAGUAGUCCAGAAGUCAUUACCACAAAUUCUAACUUCAGUCAUAAAUUUACAAGAGAAUGUAGAAAAGCACCUGAAGCUUGCAUCAUCUGGGCGACGUAACGGGGCGCAGGGCCCCUUGGAUCUACCCCUGAAGUAUGUCCUACACAGCUCUCUGAAGGCCUGUAUCUACCGAAUCAUCAACACGUUCGGAGUGCAUUUACUAAACCUGGAUUUACCCAGUGAUACAUCGUACAAACUACGACUGUUUAUGGAUUUCAAGGAAUGAGUGGUGUGGUUAAAGACUUCUGUGAUACAAUACACAAUGACAACUUUGUCAGGAUUCAUGAACUGUGCAGAGAGAUGUGUAAAUAUUGAUGCUGUGAAGACAGUGUGUGUCCUCAGGACAUUAAAAACACUCAGUCGAUAUUCGGCCAUCACUGUACAGUGAAGGAUUGUCUUACUAAGCAGGAACAAAACAAAAUGUGCACAUGUGAGCUGUCAGAAGUAUGUGUAUGAAGUAAAUAUAUACAUGGAUCUCUGUUGAUUGUUUUCAUUAGAAAACUUACCAGUAGAAAUUAAUGGGUUUGGUAUUUGGUGCUUUUUAUUGUUUCAUAUUUCAGAUGAUCCUAUGUAUAUGUAAUUAAAAGGAAAGGCAACCCUAACCACAUUGUUUGGAAAUUCGAAAUGACAAAAAACUUGUAAGAGCUAAAAGGAAAAUUAGAGUGCCAAAAAAAAAAUUGGAGCCAAACUCGUCCAAGAAUCAGAGCUAUGCAUGAGGGAGAUAUCAUCCUUAAUUUUGAAAUGAAUUUCUAAAUUUUAACAAUGCAAUUAAAUAUACAUCCGUAUUUUCAAGCUAGUAACGAAUUACUUAGCUACUGGGCUGUAGAGACCCUCGGGACUAACAGUCCACCAGCAGAGGCCUCGACCAUCAUAUAAUUAAUCUUAUCAUUUAUUAUGUAAAAAAAAAAAUUUGGUUGCCUUUCCCUUUUAGUAUAAAACAGGUUGACUUUGAUACUGAUGCACGUACAUCGUGAAAUGUUUGUACAAUGUCGCAGUAUUAUACUAAGCAUGUUUACUUGUCAUAAAUUUUAACAUGAAACUAUC